AUCAUGCUUCCAGAGCCUAUCAACAUCAACAAAUGGAUUGAGGAAAAUGGCCAUCUUCUCCAGCCUCCUGUGAAUAACUAUUGUCUCCAUCGUGGAGGUUUCACUAUUAUGAUUGUAGGAGGACCAAAUGAGAGAACCGAUUAUCACAUUAACGAGACACCUGAACAUUUCCACCAACUUAAAGGUGCCAUGUGCUUGAAGGUUGUUGAUGAUGGCGAAUUCAGAGAUAUUAUCAUUAACGAAGGCGACUCAUUCUUGUUGCCUGGCAAUACUCCACACAAUCCUGUUCGUUUUGCUGACACUAUUGGCUUGGUUGUAGAACAAGAUAGACCAGAAACUGCGCUUGACAGACUAAGAUGGUACUGUAGCAACUGUAGAGAGAUUGUUCACGAAGCAGCUUUCCAUUUGACCGACUUGGGUACGCAGAUCAAGGAAGCUAUAUUGGCUUUUGAUGGCGAUAAGGAAAGCAGGACAUGCAAGAAGUGUGGAACGUUGAACUACUCGAAGCCCCAAUAGAUGGCGAGAUAUGACGAGAUGAGAUGACGAUUAUGAGAAUGGUGGUAAAAGACAAUGCAAGAAUGUUGAUGUACAAUAUAACGACGAGCAGAAAAACUAGUUGAAAAAGGAAAGGUUAAAUAUUUAGUAAAACAAUUGGUAGAAGAUCAUGCUGACUAUGACGAUCAAGAUGACGUCAGGAAUUCAUUUACUCUGUCAAUCCAUAAGAUCUGUUAAGUCUAGACUAGUUACGUUUAUUGUAUAUAUCAGCGAUAUGUUUAUUACUCG